AUGGCCAGCUUCAAGAAGAAUAGCACGACUAAUGGCACAAUCACUUAUGGACCAACAAUCAACACUCUCCCAGCAUCCUGGUACCGCGAAGAGGGAAUGUAUGAACUUGAAAAACGUGCAAUCUUCUCCAAAUGGUGGCUCUGCGUCUCACAUUCUCUUCGAUUCAGAGAGAUCGGAGAGUUUGUGAAUUUUGAGAUUGCCGGCUACAAGUUCUUCGUUAUCCGGGAUCGACAGAAUGAGCUGAGGGCCUUCUUGAAUAUUUGUCGGCAUAGAGCGUAUCCCGUCAUUGAGAAGGAAAGUGGCCAGGGUGGGAAAAUUAGUAUUCUUGCAUGCAAGUAUCAUGGAUGGUCUUAUGGCCUCUCUGGCAAUCUCGCGAAGGCACCGCGUUUCGAAACAGUGGAGAAUUUUGACAAGUCGAAAUAUUCAUUGUACAGUGUCCAUGUGCGAGUUGACAGACUGGGCUUCGUCUGGGUCAAUCUCGACGCUGCCGACCCCCCUACGAUCCCUUGGGAAGACCAUUUUGAGAGAGUUGAUGAGCAGCCACGCCAGAAAGAUUUUACCAUGGACGACUUCAAAUUUGACCAUGCUUGGGAGAUGGAGGGAGAGUACAACUGGAAGGCAAUGGUGGACAAUUAUAACGAGUGUUACCACUGCACAACUGCACAUCCUGGCAUCUUGGCGACGACCAAACUCGAUACUUACGACAUCAAGGGCAUCAAAGGGUGGAUUGAGCACUAUUCGGAGCCGUUGGAGAGUGUUGAACACAAGUACGGAGUGCAACCAACAUACUUCUUCCCUAAUGCGGCCAUAUUGAUAUCCGAUGGAAUAACAUAUCUCACUCGAUUCGCACCAAAAUCCGCAACCUCACUGAAGCUGGAAUACGAGGUCUAUCGGCACAAGUCGUGCUCUGACCAAGACUUUGAAACGAUGAAUCCCUUCUUCAAACAAGUCGAAAAGGAAGAUCUCGAUCUCUGCAACGCCCUGCAGCGCAACCUCAAUAUGGACACAUAUGUCAAGGGACCACUUCACCCUCACAACGAAAAAGGCGUCAUCUACUUCAAGAAUCUUGUGAGAGAGGUCCUGCAUAAACACAUGGAGGAGGAGCAAAACGCAGGCCGAAAGAUCUACCCAGCCCGGAGGGACGACGACAACCAAGAGAUUGCAGCCGAAGAAGCUUUUUGUCGCCUUGCCUGUGAUGGUGCUGGACCUAAGGCGGUCCCGCAGUGCGGCCGCUCCACGCCAAUCCCUCAGGAUGCGCCGCCUUCAGUACACUCCCUUUCCACGGCGCGAAAAGCUGCCCGUGCCCAAGCGAAGCAUCGUAUGUUCUAUACGAUCGAUUACGUGUCUCGCGUCUCCUAUUUUGAUGCUCGGAGCGAAUACCGCGACUUUCGUGGUUUCUUUGUCCUCUUCUGGAUCGGUCUGGCCAUCAUGGUCAUCACGACGUGUUUAAGAAACAUCAAAGAGACGGGCCACCCAUUGCGGGUCGAAGUAUAUGCCUUGUUGUCCAGGAAUGUCGUUUCUCUGGGAUUAAGUGACGCGGCCAUGGUGGCAAGCACUGUGCUGAGCUUGCCCAUCCAAAAAUGGUCACGGGGAGCGAAGGGUGUCCUGCGAUGGCGAAGAGCUGGGAUUUGGAUACAGAGCGUGUUUCAAGCACUGUGGUUGGCUUUAUGGGUGAGCUGGCCAUUCUUGCUGAGCUGGACCUGGACUUCGCAAGUCUUCUUCGCUCUUCACACCCUAACCUUCCUUAUGAAGAUGCAUUCCUACGCAUUCUACAAUGGACAUCUGAGCGAGACCGAGCGACGACUUCGAGACCUCGACAAGCCCGAAACGGCAGACCGGGGCAAGGCCGUCAAAUAUCCCGGCUCUCCCUCUCGCUUGCGCCAAAUGGACUUAGAGAGUUCCGACGAAGAGAAAGAAGACGAGCAAGAUUUGGCUCAGCUCCGGCAAGAUUUGGCCACCGAGUUAACUUCUCCUCUUGGACAAGUCACAUACCCUCAAAAUCUAACACUGUACAAUUACAUUGACUACGUCCUAUGUCCUACUCUUUGCUACGAGCUCGAAUACCCGAGGACACCCAAAAUUCGAUGGGAUAGCCUCUUCUACAAAACUCUCGCCGUGUUCGGCUGCAUCUUCUUGAUGAUCACAGUCAGCGAGGAAUUCAUCAUGCCAGUCCUGGUCGAAUCAGCGACGCAGCUGCGUCUGACGACAUCUCUCUCGGAAAAGGCAUUGAUUUUGGCGGAGACCACCAGCAUGAUGCUGUUCCCAUUUAUGAUCACCUUCCUGCUCGUCUUCCUGGUAAUCUGGGAGUACAUCCUGGGUGCGUUCGCAGAGAUUACCUGUUUUGCCGACCGCCAUUUCUACUCGGACUGGUGGAAUUCCAGCGACUGGCUCGAGUUCAGCCGCGAGUGGAACAUUCCAGUCUACCAUUUCCUGCGCCGACACGUCUUCUUCUCAUCCAAGACGUACUUCUCGACUCCAGUUGCUAUGACAAUCACCUUCCUUGUUAGCGCCCUCGGUCAUGAGCUGAUCAUGGGCUGCAUCACGAAGAAAUUGCGUGGAUAUGGCUUCUUCGCAAUGAUGCUGCAACUGCCGAUAGUAGCACUGCAGAGGAGCAAGUUAGUUCGAGGUCGAUGGGUGCUCAAUAACGCAGCAUUUUGGGGCAGCAUGAUUCUGGGAUUGAGCACCAUGUGUAGCCUGCCCGCCAGAGCCAGUGUGUGGAAGUUCACCUAUAUGGCAAGCCGCCAGGAGGGCUUCUUUGUCCGGGAGGGAGAUGAGCUCGAUUACCACUCAGCCAUCGUCACCAGCAACGGAAAGGAGCCCAUCUUCGUCAACGGGCAUGAGCUGGUGGUCCCACGACUGCGUGUGAGGCGCGAUUCGGCCGGAAAGCCCAUCACACAACCUCCCGGACUCUGGUUCUGGGAGGUUAACGACCCGGACCAACUCGAGCCGGACGGCAGGGAGACGUGGAUGGAGCUGGGGUUCUUCUCAGGCCCAAAGGACCUGGAGAAGAAGUUGCUGGAUUUCUUUGCGCGAGACUGGGGGGACAAAGUCACCGGACCCGCUGGCGCUCUCAAAGACGGCCAUGGUGUGUGGGACCGAUUUCUCUUCCGUCGCUCAGGGGAGCAGACUAAGAGGAUGAUGGAAGUCCGGGAGCAGUACUGGCAGGCGCAACGGCAACGGCAACGACGACAGGAGGAGGAACAGGAACAGGAACAGCAGCAGCGAUAA